AUGCCAAACCAGUUUCCUCCGCUUACAUCUGCAGAUAUCACCUUGAAUUCCAGUGUCAUUGUGUUGCUGGCAGGCACUGCUGUGAUGACCACACCCAAAAUGCCAGCUGCUGCGAAGGCUCGGUGCCCUCUGGUUUUGAGCCUGGUCUUGGGCACGAUCAGCAGCAGCUGGUCAGCAGACCUUAAAGCUGAAGAUGACUUUGAUGUGCCGCCUGGGGUUAUCCAACUUCAAGCGCUCUCUACACCAUUUGAUAAUAGAAAGUACAUCAUGUACCAUGGCACUACCAGGGCCAUUGCUCAAUCAAUCCAGGCCACAGGUUUUCGCCCUUCCCCAGACGGGAUGCUCGGCCGCGGCAUCUACCUCAGCAGAGACCUGCUGAAAGCUAGCCGUUAUCCCAUUGAUCACCCAGAGCAUGACAGGGCCGUCAUUAAGGUUUUGGUCAACGUAGGGAAAGUGAUCGCCAUCAGAAAAAAAGACCAUCCAAGACAGAAGACCUGGCACGACUUAGGCUUCAACACCGCCUGGGUGCCCCCCAACUGUGGGAUGGUGAAGAGCGGUUUGGAGGAGGAUUGUGUCUGGGAUCCUUCUCGAAUUUCAAUCCUUAAAAUCAUCGACCCCAAACCAGUCCAAACCUAUGGUGGAUGGGGCUACAUGUGUAAUCUCCUAUAUACCGCCUUAGAUUCCCACGUCAUUGGCAGGCACUGCUGUGUUGACCACACCCACAAUCUUGAAGGUGCUUAUAUAAGGCAGAGUGAGCUCACAGCCUUCACACUUGGUGGAACGAAGGGAAGUGAUACUGACACCAACAUGCAGUACAGCUGGGCUGAAGAUGACUUUGAUGUGCCGUCUGGGGUUGGCCGACUUGGGCUCUCUGCGCCAGUUGAUAAUAGAAAGUACAUCAUGUACCAUGGCACUACCAGGGCCAUUGCUCAAUCAAUCCUGGCCAAAGGUUUUCGCCAGUCCCCAGACGGGAUGCUUGGCUGCGGUGUCUACCUCAGCAGAGACCUGCUGAAAGCUAGCCAUUAUCCGAUUAAUCACCCAGAGCAUGACAGGGCUGUCAUUAAGGUUUUGGUCAACGUAGGGAGAGUGAUCGCCAUUAAUCGCCAACGCCAUCCAAAUCAGAAGACCUGGCACGACUUAGGCUUCGACACCGCCUGGGUGCCCCCCAACUGUGGGAUGGUGAAGAGCGGUUUCGAGGAGGAUUGUGUCUGGGAUCCUUCUCGAAUUAAAAUCCUUAAAAUCAUCGACCCCAAACCAGUCCAAACCUAUGCGGGUGCACGUGGCUACAUGUGAGCCCUAUGAGCUGUAACCCAUUUAUUUUGUAUGUUUAAACCUUUUGAUACAAAGUAAAUUACUUUUGCAUUUUGUAACUGUGUCAUUGUUACAUGGAAAAAUAAAUGGUUCAUAUUAAAUCUGA